GGAGCCGGGGCCUGCUCUGGCCCUUCCCCCACCCCCGUAGUUUUUGGCUUGGGGGUUUCUUUGCCUCUCGCUCAUCUCCUUCUCCGCGGGGAGCAGGGGAAUUUGCCUCCCCUCUGGGGGCGUGGUUGUCAUGGGGAUGGGAGGAAUUGCCCCUUCCCUAGGAUGGGGGGGGUGUCUCUUUCUCUUUGGGGGGGGUCCACCCUCAGGCAUGGUCACUGCAUUGUUGGGGCGGACACACACCUGUCAGGGAUGGAGACACUAGGUUUACCUGGUCCUGCCUCAGGGCAGGGGGUCUGGACCAGGUCCCCUCCAGCCCUUCAUUUCUAUGUUUCUGUUUGCUGGGGAGUGUCUGCUCCCACGGGGGCUCAUUUCCACGGGUAUGUGGAGCGUUGGACCGCAGGAGAUCUGACACCCCUAAUUGCAGAUUCCUUGACCCCUGUAGUUGUCUGAGUAGUGGGCAGUGCUGGCUGGGGGCCUUUUGCUGGCCCGGGGGUUGUCAUUAUGCCGUGGGUUGUGUCACUGAGAUGAGGUAUUGACUCCAGGUUUUGUCAUGGGGGGUGGGGAUUGAUCUGAAGGAUUAUGGACAGUUUGCAGCUCAGAAAAGCUGCAGCAUUUUGGUUAGUUAGGCUUGAAUUUUACAUUCUGGACUGUGUGUGUGUGUGACUCUGUGAGAGAGAAAGUGCUCCUGAACUGUGUUGUACGGUCAACAGAUAAUAGAAAUUCUUCUCUAGUUCAAGGUGUGGCAUCCUAUCUUUUUCAUAUGAAAGACCCAAAUUCUAUCAUAAUAGUGACUGUCAAGUCGUAAGUGACCAGCAUGAAGCAUAUUGACAAAUAGGAAAUCUUAGGCAGCUAUGGAAUUGGUUGUUUGUGGAGCAUGAGUGUUGCUGGUGUUGCUCUGUGAGACUGGAACCUCCAAGGUUUCCUCUUGAAAUGUAGAGCUGUACAAGAGUUUUAUAAUAAGGAAAGGGCUGAGUUUCUUUGCUUUGUUUUUGUUUUUACUUACCAGGGAGACAAGAUGUUAUCUGUUCUCUUUACUUGGAGUAGCUGAGAAGAACCAGGUUUCAAAAUGAGAACCAACAAGGUCUACAAACUCGUCAUACAUAAGAAGGGAUUUGGGGGCAGUGAUGACGAAUUAAUGAUGAACCCCAAAGUGUUUCUUCACAUCAAGCUGGGAGAUGUUGUUGAGAUUGCACACCCUAAUGAUGAGUACAGCCCUCUGCUCCUGCAAGUGAAGUCACUUAAGGAAGAUUUGCAAAAAGAAACUAUAAGUGUGGAUCAGACUGUAGCUCAGGUAUUCCGACUGAGACCAUACCAGGAUGUCCAUGUGAAUGUUGUCGACCCAAAGGAUGUGACUCUUGACCUGGUGGAGCUGACCUUUAAGGAUCAAUACAUUGGGCGUGGGGAUAUGUGGCGACUGAAAAAAAGCUUGGUCAGCACAUGUGCCUAUGUCACCCAAAAGGUGGAAUUUGCAGGUAUCCGGGCACAAGUGGGUGAGCUAUGGGUUAAGAGCGAGAAGGUCACAUGUGGGUACAUCAGUGAAGAUACCCGGGUGGUGUUCCGCUCAACUUCAGCCAUGGUUUACAUCUUUAUCCAGAUGAGCUGUGAAAUGUGGGAUUUUGACAUCUAUGGGGACCUGUACUUUGAGAAAGCUGUGAACGGUUUCCUUGCAGAUCUUUUCACCAAAUGGAAGGAGAAGAACUGUAGCCAUGAGGUGACAGUGGUUCUAUUUUCUCGAACUUUUUAUGAUGCAAAAUCCAUAGAUGAGUUUCCUGAGUUAUACCGUGCCUCAAUUCGGCAGGAUCACGAAGGAAGAUUUUAUGAAGAUUUCUACAAGGUUGUAGUUCAGAAUGAGAGACGAGAAGAGUGGACGUCAUUGCUUGUGACCAUUAAAAAACUUUUUAUUCAGUAUCCGGUGCUGGUGCGACUGGAGCAGGCAGAUGGCUUCCCCCCAGGGUAUAAUUCUACCUCAGCACAAGGGAACUACCUGGAGGCCAUAAAUCUUUCAUUCAAUGUGUUUGACAAGCAUUACAUAAACCGCAACUUUGACCGGACUGGACAGAUGUCUGUGGUUAUCACACCUGGAGUGGGUGUGUUUGAAGUGGACCGUCUCCUCAUGAUCCUGACCAAACAGCGCAUGAUAGAUAAUGGGAUUGGUGUAGAUUUAGUGUGCAUGGGGGAGCAACCACUGCAUGCUGUUCCGCUCUUCAAGCUGCACAAUCGCAGUGGUCCCGGAGAUUCUCGCUUAGGAGAUGACUACAAUAUUCCACACUGGAUAAACCAUAGUUUCUACACAUCCAAAAGCCAGCUCCUAUGUAACAGCUUCACCCCGCGGAUUAAACUGGCAGGAAGGAAGUUGCUGACAGAGAAAGUGAAAAAUGGUCGAGACCCCUCAUUAGGGGCUCCUAAAGAUGCUGAGAAUGCCCUUCCCAUUCAAGUUGAUUAUGAUGGCUAUGAUGCCCAAGUGUUCAGACUGCCUGGCCCAUCCCGAGCCCAGCGCUGUACCACUUUCAGUAGGUCUGCGAGGGAGAGAGAGAGCCGCACCAGGAAGAGCUCUAGCUCUUAUGAUGUCUCGUCCAGCCCUUCUGUGCAGAGCCGCACCCUGCUCCCAGAGGAGGUGAGGAGCCAAGCUUCCGAUGACAGCUCCCUGGGAAAGAUCUCCAACAUCUUGAUGAUCCCACGGCCUCAUUUGCACCAAUACGAAGUCAGCAGCUCCUUGGGCUACACCAGCACCCGAGGUCAGACUGAGGCACGAAUGGAGAUGGGGAAGUCCCUUCGCUGUGCCCAUUGGUUGUGGGAUGUCCUUGAGAAUAUGCUAGAGUCACAGCAACGAGACUCCAGUGCACCAGGGAGGUUUCAUGUAGGCAGUGCAGAAUCCAUGCUGCACAUUCGUCCUGGGGGGUAUACACCACAGCGGGCAUUAAUAAAUCCCUUUGCGCCAUCCCGCAUGCCCAUGAAACUCACAUCCAAUAGGAGGCGUUGGAUGCACACGUUUCCUGUGGGUCCAUCAGGAGAAGCAAUCCAGAUCCACCACCAAACUCGUCAGAACAUGGCAGAAAUGCAGGGCAACGGGCAGCGGGAUCUGACGCACUCCUCUGCUGAGCUGCUGGAGCUAGCCUACCAUGAGGCAACUGGCAGGCACAUCACUUCUCGUUGUCCAGGUGACAGCAUCUCCUUCCUGAGCUUCGGUGGAAUGAAUGAGUUUUCAGGCAGUUUGGUCAGCACUAAUGGUGCAGGGAUGAACCUCAGAACGCAGAACAAAGAUUCAUUGGAAGAUGUUGUUUCAACCUCUCUGGAUCCAAUGCCAGGCUUCUGUUGUACAGUUGGGGUGGACUGGAAAUCUCUCACUACUCCGGCAUGCCUUCCUCUCACCACGGACUACUUCCCAGACCGCCAGAGCUUGCAGAAUGACUACACUGAGGGCUGCUAUGAUCUGCUCCCAGAAGCUGACAUCGACAGGAGAGAUGAGGAAGGUGUGCAGAUGACAGCUCAACAAGUGUUUGAGGAGUUCAUUUGUCAGCGUCUUAUGCAAGGAUAUCAAAUCAUUGUGCAUCCCAAACCACAGAAACCAGCUACCACUGUACCACCCCCUCUAAGCAGCAGCCCCCUCUACAGCCGAGGCCUUGUAUCACGAAACCAACCUGAGGAGGAAGAUCAGUAUUGGCUGAGCAUGGGCCGCACGUUCCACAAAGUCAUCUUAAAGGACAAAAUAAUUACUGUCACUCGAUACCUGCCAAAGUAUCCAUAUGAAUCUGCUCAGAUAAACUACACCUACAGCUUGUGCCCUUCGCACUCUGACUCUGAAUUUGUCUCCUGCUGGGUCGAGUUCUCCCAUGAGCGGCUGGAAGAGUACAAGUGGAAUUACUUGGAUCAGUAUAUCUGCUCCGCUGGCUCUGAAGACUUCAGCCUUAUUGAGUCACUGAAAUUCUGGAGGACGCGCUUUCUGCUGCUCCCAGCCUGCAUCAGUGCCACAAAGCGGAUUACAGAAGGUGAAGCACACUGUGAUGUGUAUGGAGACAAGCCCCGCUCUGAUGAAGAGGAAUGGCAGCUCUUGGAUGGCUUCAUCCGCUUUGUGGAGGGUUUGAAUCGCAUUCGUCGGCGCCAUCGAUCAGACCGGAUGAUCAGGAAAGGGGCUGCUAUGAAAGGCUUGCAGUUGGCUGGCCCAAUCUCCACUCACUCUCUGGAGCCUUCUGGGCCGCCUGUUGGGAAGAAGGGAACCUCGGCCCUCUCAGCCCUGUUGGAAAUGGAAGCCAGUCAGAAGACCCUGGGGGAGCAGCAGGCAGCAAUGCUCGCUGGGAAGAGCUCUGCCCAACCUGCUGAGAGUGGGAGUAUUGCCAUCACUCCCACCUAUGUGGACAGCCCACGCAAGGAUGGGGCCUUCUUUAUGGAGUUUGUUCGCAGCCCACGCACAGCUUCGACCUUCUACCCGCAGGUCUCUAUAGAUCAGACAGUUCCUCCAACCCUAGAUGGCAACAUGUUGAUAAACACAGGCCAGUCAGCUGAUAGGGGCAGCACUCAGCCCUUUGGAAGCUCCCAGAAUAUAGGAGACCAGGGAUAUGCCACAGCUGGCUCCAUUGAGAACAGCUCUCAGCAGUCUUCUGCGAGCUCCCUGACUUCUUCCUCCACUCUGAUCGAGAUUCUUGAAGCCAUGAAGCACCCCACUACAGGGAUCCAGCUGCUCUCUGAACAGAAGGGCCUCUCUCCGUAUUGUUUCAUCAGUGCUGAGGUUGUCCACUGGCUGGUGAACAACCUGGAAGGGGUGCAGACCCAGGCUAUGGCCAUUGACAUCAUGCAGAAAAUGCUGGAUGAGCAGCUGAUAGUUCACGCAUCUGGAGAGGCCUUGCGCACCUUCAUCUAUGGGUUCUACUUCUACAAGAUUGUCGUCGAUAAGGAGCCGGACCGAGUGGGUAUGCAGCAGCCACCCACCAUGUGGCACACAGCAGCAAUGGACGAUUUCUCCACUUUCCAGAGGAAAUGGUUCGAGGUGGCAUUUGUGGCAGAAGAGCUCUUGCACUCAGAAAUCCCAGCAUUCCUCCUGCCCUGGCUUCCCAGCCGCCCAGCCUCUUAUGCAAGUAGGCACAGUUCCUUUAGCCGCAGUUUCGGAGGACGGAGCCAGGCAGCCGCACUAUUAGCUGCCACAGUACCCGAGCAGCGAACAGUGACUCUGGAUGUGGAUGUGAAUAACCGCACUGACCGCCUGGAGUGGUGCAGUUGUUACUACCAUGGCAAUUUCUCGCUGAAUGCUGCCUUCGAGAUCAAAUUGCAUUGGAUGGCAGUAACAGCAGCUGUUCUCUUUGAGAUGGUUCAGGGUUGGCAUCGGAAAGCUACGUCCUGUGGUUUCUUGCUGGUUCCAGUCCUGGAAGGUCCAUUUGCAUUGCCCAGUUACCUAUAUGGAGACCCACUUCGAGCACAGUUGUUCAUCCCACUCAAUGUUAGCUGCUUGCUGAAGGAGGGCAGUGAGCAUCUGUUUGAUGGCUUUGAACCUGAAACUUAUUGGGAUCGCAUGCAUCUGCUUCAGGAGGCAAUUGCACACAGAUUUGGAUUUGUGCAAGAUAAAUACUCUGCCUCUGCAUUCAACUUCCCAUCUGAGAACAAACCCCAGUACAUCCAUGUCACAGGGACGGUUUCUCUGCAGCUGCCUUACUCCAAGCGGAAAUUUUCCUGUGGACAGCAACGACGGCGGCGCAACUCCACCAGCUCAACCAAUCAGAACAUGUUUUGUGAAGAGCGCAUUGGUUACAACUGGGCCCACAAUACCAUGCUGACCAAAACGUGGAGGUCCAGUGCCACAGGGGAUGAGAAGUUCGCAGAUCGGUUGCUGAAAGACUUCACAGAGUUCUGCUGGAACAAAGAUGGCCGGCUCGUCCUGUUCUGGACUGGCUGUCUGGAUAAGAUGCAUGCCAGUGCACCAUGAGAUCGUGCAUCUGCAGGAGAGAAAAUUAAAAGCUUGGGAGUGUGAUGAGGAAGAAGAUUCAGAGAACAGCCAGAUAAGACCAUUCUUAGGGUGAAUUUACCUUGGAACCCAGCCUAAUCUGAGCAGUAUUCCUAUUGAUAAUCAGUAGAAGCUGAGUAGGCUUUUGGGAGAAGAGACUGUAUGCCAGGGACACUCCUUUCACACCAAUACUCUUCACCUGAACAGAGCCAUGCUUCAAAUAGUUGCAUCCCCUACUUGCCAGAACUCACCUAAACUGAGGUGAAGGCAAGACUUUGAGGCCAGGGGUUUGUUACAGGGAAGAGAGGUCACCGUACGUUUCUGUGACCUUUGGAAAUGACCAGGUGUUGUAAGCCUGUGACAUGUCAGGCAAAAUCAUGCCUCACAUCUCUGGCGUGUAUGUUUGUGUGCAUAUGUAAGAUACACUGUAUUAUACAAUCAUGGUAAGUGUUUAUAUGUUUAAUAUAUUAUUAAAUAAAAAAUGCAGAAAAUCAAAA